AUGGUACGAAAAAUAAUAAUAAUAAUAAUAAUAAUAAUAAUAAUAAUACAACGGAUGAUGAUUACUUAUUUAUCAAAAGAUGAAAAUGCAUUUUUCGAAGAAAAUGCAUUCGAUGAUAACAGUCAAUUGUAUUUGACACUUCGAAACGUUCCACCGACUGUUUGCCCGAGAAACGAUGUCGAAGCUGGUCAAAAGUGCAUGAGAAAAUGUUCCAGUCACGAAGAUUGUAAAAGUUUAAAAAAAUUAUGCUUGUGCGAUGGAAGCUGUGGAAAUUCUUGCAUUAAACCGGAUCGAGAAUGCGUUAACGUGGAUAGUCCAGAAAACGGUUUCAUUUCUGGACACGGACGAAUGUUUAACGACAAAGUUAAUUACACGUGCGAUGAAGGAUUUUAUCUGGUUGGAAAACCACAAAGAACGUGUCAAGCAGACGGUUCGUGGAGUGGAACAACACCUUUGUGUAAAAGGAACAUAUAUUGUACGAGACCUCCAGUCGUGACGCAUACCAGUCAUAAUCCACACCACGACCAAACAACAUUUCCAUUAGAAACCACAUUGACAUAUCAAUGUAAAAACGGGUAUGCUACCGUUGGCUUUCCAAAGACAAAGUGUCUCAACGUUGAUGGACGUGCUUCUUGGUUUGGACCUGACAUGUCUUGCGAACCAUUGUCCUGUGGAUCACCCGAAGAAAUAUCACACGGUUGGCAUUCUGGUGAUUGCUACACGUUAGGAUGUGAAAUUUCUUAUCAUUGCAUGACUGGAUUCGAAUUAGUUGGUCCUUCAGAAAUCCUUUGUCAAGCCAACGGUAUUUGGUCUUCCGAACCUCCAUCUUGCACUUCAAUAUCCAGCGUGGAAUGUCCUCCUCCAGACGAUCCACCAAACGGAAAAGCAAUAUAUACGUCACUUUCAUACAAUUCUGUCGUUUCAUACGAAUGCAAAUAUGGUUUCAUAUUAAGCGGAUUACAAACUAGGAGAUGUGGAGCCGAUAGAAAAUGGACAGGAACCGUACCUGAUUGUAAAGAAAUCAACUGCGGUCAUCCUGGUCAUCUUUUCAACGGUUGGCUGGAAAACAUUGAAUCUGGUACCGGGUUGGGUGCAAGUUUAAUAUUUAGGUGUCACGAUAAUAUGAAAAUGGUUGGAAGUACAUCAGCAAUAUGUCAGGUGGAUGGAAAGUGGAGUUACCCACUUCCGGUUUGUUUAGCUCCGUGUGUCGUACCUAGAAUAUUGCAUGGAAAACGGGUCGUUUUGGAAUCUACUAACGAAACCGUAUCAGAAUUUCCUCUUGUUGUAUCUCACGACGAACAGCUUAGCAUCGAUUGUGAAAACAUGUAUGAAAUGGCAAUGAACCACACACCGGUGCAAUGUAACAACGGAACUUGGUCCCACAUACCAGCAUGCAUACCCGCAAAAUGUAAAUCUUUGCCGAAACCACCAAAGAAUGGAAUAGUUAUUGCUCCAAAAACGGAUCAUGGAAUGAAAGCAAAAUAUAAAUGCAAAGAUGGAUUUGCAUUGAGAGGUUCUAAUUUAACAGAAUGUAAUUUUGGACAAUGGACUGGAGAACUUCCUCAUUGUCAACAAGUUUAUUGUCCUUUUCCGGGAUACAUUGAAAAUGGAAAAGUUAUGUUAGUCGGUAAUAUGGGACUUUAUGAUUAUAGACCCUACGUGAAAAAAGUAACAAAUAAUAAACAAAUAAUGUACGAUUGUAAUAAAGGCUACGCAAUUAUUGAGGGACCUCCAGGUGCAACAUGCAUUGAUGGUCAAUGGAGUCCAAAACAACUUCCAAGGUGCGAACCGGGAUUUCAUCCGAGAUUAAGAUGGCAAAGAUCAGUUUUUAUAAAGAAAAAUAAAAGAUAUUUAUUAAUUAACAUAAUAAAAAAGUAUAUAAAUAAAUUAAAAAAAUUCAACGACGUUAAUAAAAACAUUUCAAUUAAAGAAAAAAUAAAAGGUAAAAAGAAAAAAAAAAGAGAAAUAAAUAUGAAAACAUUAAUUGCACACGAUCGAGAGGGAAAAUCGGGAAAAUUGAAAAUUAAAAAUAAAAGAGCUUUAUUAAUGGGUCAUCAAACGCAACAAAGGCAACAGCAAUUGAUGAGCCGUAGAAAAACCGGUUCUAGAACGGAUUCAAAGAAAAAAAAUAGAGGAGGAACCGGAAAUGGAAACGGAAACGGAAGCGGUACAGAUUACGAUGAUGUUGAUCCCGAUGAUGAGAAAGGUGGUACAAAUGUUAAUAAAUUGAAAAUAGGACGAGGAAAAGUGCCUUGCGAGCCUCUGACUAAUGAUUCUUUCUUUGUGGUGCAUGUACUUAAGCGUGGAAGAGACCCGAAUGUGACAAACUCGGCGGGAACCGUGAUCAAAGUGUCUUGCAGUCCUGGGUACGGAUUAAACCUUAUUAAAAAUAAUACGGCGAAAUGCGUUCGCGGGUCAUGGAAACCGGAAACUCCUCGAUGUUCGGUUCUUCCGUGUACUUUGCCCGAUGCCAACAAUGGCAUUUUUACUAUGAUCAACUCUGAGAAAACAUUAAAUUCGUCUCAACAGAUUGAAAACGGACAAGUGAUAGAGUUUUCUUGCAAUCCCGGAUAUCUGCUUCAAGGACCGUCUAAUUUACGUUGUUGGCAAGGACAGUGGGACAUCAGUGGCCUUCCCGAGUGUAAUCCUAUGCCUUGUAAACUACCCGAAAUUCCAAACGGUAGUUAUUUGCUCGGAUACAGAGCCGGUUUAACCAUUGGUAACGGAUCUAACGUUCAGUAUAUUUGCGACGAACAUUAUUCGAAAAAUACAAAAAGUGACAUUGAAUGCUUACUGGGUAAACUCGUUCCCGAACCACCGGAAUGUAAAAAUUUAGGACUCGAAACGUGGUAUCGCGCGGGAGAAGACAUAACUUCAAAGGGAGGCUUGAUAUCUCAGGAUAAUCAAAAAAGAGCUUGCCCUCCUCCGGAACGCGUCCGAGGAAGCCUCAUUUACAAAGACGGAGAAUUAAUGAAAGACGAAGACAAAAGUUUUCCGGACGGAACGGAAGUGACCUUUAAUUGCGUGGCUUCCGUGAUGGGAGAUCGGACGACUUGGCGAAUAACGUGCGAAGACGGAAGUUGGAUCGGUCGUUCCAUGGCUUGCGACUACGAACUUCACAAGGCUCUGUCUCAAGAUCGGAACACUUCUUGUUCUUUUCGUAAUUCAGAGCCAAACGUUGUUUCCUUUUUCAACGACCAACAAAUCACGGAGGAUCUGGUAGAAUUUCCGAACGGAUCAGUAUUAGUUUCUCGUUGCGUAGAUAUUGGAAAAUAUGCUUUUAGCGGCGCCAACGUUCGCGAGUGCGUUAACGGAAAAUGGAAUUCGUCAAAGCCCGUUUGUUUCGGUUUAAAUCAAGAAAAUGAUUACGCCUUAGAAAAACCUCCGACCAUAUUGUUUCGUCACCAAUUUGGUCCGAUAGCUCAAUCUAACGAGGGAAAACUCAUAGUUUAUCCCGGAACAAUUUUACACAUGGAAUGUUUAUGGAUUCGUCGUUUCGGAACUCCAAAGUGGCACGCCAGCCACGAAUACCGCAAGUAUCCCGAAGGUUGGUCGACGGAUCCCGGCAGGGAUUCUCAAUUGGAAUACAGAUUGAGCAUCGUCCACGCGUCAAAAGACGAUUCCGGACUAUUCACCUGCAUGACUCCGACUCGACACACACACGGUGUUCAAGUUGUAGUGCAGGCGAUUCACUGCCCCGUAUUGCCUUCCCGUAAGGGCCUUACUAUGAGUAACGUAUCUACUAAAAUGAACGCUCGCGUUCUUUUUUCUUGCUCAAAUGGAAAUUCGUUGAUCGGCUCACAAGAACUUAUAUGCUUACCUUCCGGCAAUUGGUCGGCUCCACUUCCCUUGUGUCAAUCCAUAGAGUGUCCAGAUUUUAGUAAUUUAACAGACAGCAACUUGCGCGUGUCGGUGUUAAAUCGCGAAGUCGGAGGAAGAGCCAUUUUCACGUGCGUAUCCGGAUUCGGAUUGCAAGGCGUGGGCGAAUCCGUUUGCUUGCCAACGGGAGAUUGGUCUUUGCCGCUUCCCUCUUGCCAAGAAGUGCACUGCCUGAGUCCCGGAGUUCCGGAGAACGGUUACGUGUUAAAUUCGGGUCCUUACAAAUCAGGCGAUAUAGUUCAAUUCAAUUGCAAUCCCGAUUACAUGAUGAAAGGUCAACCUGUAAUUAUGUGUAAAGAAUCUGGCAAGUGGUCGGGUUCUCUUCCCAAAUGCGUGCAGGCUUGCAGUUAUCCCGGCACUACCAUCAAAGGCAGAAUGUCGGCUGUUAAGUUUUAUUAUCAAGUUGGAGAAAAUGUGACGUUUACGUGCGACGAAGGACUCGAACUCAAAGGAGCACCCAUGUUAAAAUGUUUGAAAACGGGUAAAUGGAGCAGUUCCAUACCAACGUGUAAUCUUCCAGACUCGAUCACGACAUGA